GGAAUGGAAAGUACUUGUUUGCCUUCGGACAUUUUAUGCUACCGGACAGAACACGAUUCUCACGUGUAGCUAUCAAACCAAACUGAUUUGGGAAAAGGGAGAGUUUAUAGCUAAUAUGUGUUAAAUCCGAAGGUGGGAACAUAAGCAAAACAGCUAAAGAUGCCCAGGAAAGGAAGAAAAGCAGCAUCCGGAGAUGAAGAGGUCGCUCCCAAACAUAGGAAAACAGACUCCAAUGGCGUCCCCUCUCCUUUCUGCUUCGACACCCCAGACACUGUCUUCCAUAGCCUAAUUUCCCCAGUGGGACAGGAGGAAUUUUUCACUGACUACUGGGAGAAGAAGCCCCUCCACCUCCAGAGGUCUGACCCAGGCCUGGCCUCCUACUACAAGUCUCUGUUCCAGCUUUCAGACCUGAAGGGGCUGUGCGCCCAGGGCCUGACGUAUGCCAGAGACCUCAAUGUGUGCCGCAGCGUCCAGGGCAACAAGACUGUGUUGAACAAGGAAGGCCGUGUCAACUACAGCCAGCUCAAAAAGGACUUCAACCAGAAGGCCACCAUCCAGUUCCACCAGCCUCAGAGGUUUAAGGACGAGUUGUGGCGGAUUCAGGAGAAGCUGGAGUGUUUCUUCGGCGCUCUUGUGGGCUCCAACGUCUACAUCACCCCACAGGAUUCCCAAGGGCUACCCCCACACUACGACGAUGUGGAGGUGUUUAUCCUCCAGUUGGAGGGCGAGAAACAUUGGCGUCUGUACAGCCCCACGGUGCCCCUGGCCAGAGAGUACUGCGUGGCGCUUGAGGAGCGCAUCGGCAGCCCCACACACGACAUCAUACUGAAGGCAGGUGAUCUGCUCUACUUCCCCAGAGGAACCAUCCAUCAGGCGGACACCCCCGUGGGAGUGGAUCAUUCUACCCACCUAACCCUCAGUACCUACCAGAACACGUCAUGGGGAGACUAUCUGGCCAACGUGUUCCCCAAUUUCUUGUAUGACUCCCUUAAGACCAGUGACAUCACCAGGAGGGUAGGCAUGCCCAGGAGAAUCUUGAUGGGAGCCAACGCAGCCCCAGACACAAGCAGGCAGUUGGCCUCAUUAUUGAGGAGCGUGGCAGAUCAGAUGGAGAGGGGCGAACACGAACUCCGUGCCGGGGACAUGAAGAGGGACUUUGCCCUCCACAGACUGCCACCUUACACACCAGAGCAAGAUGACAUCUCAUCAUCAGCUGGAAAGAUGCCUGCUUUAGAAGAUACGGUGUGUCUGAGGUUUAAAGACCACAUCCUGGUGUCUUUAGAGACGUGUCAAAGCCCAUCAGAUGGGUCGGUAUCAUUGGUGGUUGAUGUGAUGCACUCUCUGAGGAACAGAAGGGAGAAACAUAUGAUGGGACAGAGUGGUGAUGAUGAUGAUGAUGAUGAUGAUGAUAGUGGUGGUGAUGACGAUAGUGGUGAAGAGGAGGAAGAUGCACCCUCUGAGACCCCCGGCAUGACCUUCCCCUUCGAAGACCUCCCGGCCAUCAGGCAGCUGCAGGCGGGACAGCCCAUCCCCGUGUCUCAGCUAAAAAGGCAAUUGGACAAUGACAAAGUCCAGAUGGCCCUGGUGCUCUGGUCGGAGGGCCUGCUGGAGGUGUGCGCAGGUGAUCUGCUCUACUUCCCCAGAGGAACCAUCCAUCAGGCGGACACCCCCGUGGGAGUGGAUCAUUCUACCCACCUAACCCUCAGUACCUACCAGAACACGUCAUGGGGAGACUAUCUGGCCAACGUGUUCCCCAAUUUCUUGUAUGACUCCCUUAAGACCAGUGACAUCACCAGGAGGGUAGGCAUGCCCAGGAGAAUCUUGAUGGGAGCCAACGCAGCCCCAGACACAAGCAGGCAGUUGGCCUCAUUAUUGAGGAGCGUGGCAGAUCAGAUGGAGAGGGGCGAACACGAACUCCGUGCCGGGGACAUGAAGAGGGACUUUGCCCUCCACAGACUGCCACCUUACACACCAGAGCAAGAUGACAUCUCAUCAUCAGCUGGAAAGAUGCCUGCUUUAGAAGAUACGGUGUGUCUGAGGUUUAAAGACCACAUCCUGGUGUCUUUAGAGACGUGUCAAAGCCCAUCAGAUGGGUCGGUAUCAUUGGUGGUUGAUGUGAUGCACUCUCUGAGGAACAGAAGGGAGAAACAUAUGAUGGGACAGAGUGGUGAUGAUGAUGAUGAUGAUGAUGAUGAUAGUGGUGGUGAUGACGAUAGUGGUGAAGAGGAGGAAGAUGCACCCUCUGAGACCCCCGGCAUGACCUUCCCCUUCGAAGACCUCCCGGCCAUCAGGCAGCUGCAGGCGGGACAGCCCAUCCCCGUGUCUCAGCUAAAAAGGCAAUUGGACAAUGACAAAGUCCAGAUGGCCCUGGUGCUCUGGUCGGAGGGCCUGCUGGAGGUGUGCUAAUACCCCAACAGCAUACUCUGACACCAACAACCACUGCUUUCCAUUUGGUCACACAAUAAAUCAAGAGUCCUUUA